GCUUGCGUGUGGAAUAAGCUAGUAGCGAGUAAAAUGCAUAGGAUCAUUUUUCUAACUUCUAUAAUUCUGCUAAUUACGACUGGAGCAGAAAUUCCAUGUACAACUCCGAAAAAUGGCGCCGGAAAGUGCGUUCCGUUGAAGCAGUGUUCCAAUUUGUACUCCAUCAAGCAACUAUCUCGAUCAAUUCCAAGCUCGGUGGAACAGUACAUCAACAAUGCCAGGUGCGAGUUUAACGCGUCGACGGCUGGAGUUUGCUGUGUGCCGGAAAAGAUUUUCGAACUUCCGGAAAACUGCGGCCUUGCCUCAUCCGAGCGGAUUGCCAAUGGCAACGAGACGGCCGUGUUCGAGUUUCCCUGGAUGGCUCUGCUGAUGUACAGGACAGAUGGCAGCGACGAAAUUACGGGCGAUUGUGGUGGUGCAUUGAUCAGUGAUCGAUACGUCAUUACGGCGGCACACUGUCUAGCGGGAAAAUCGAGAGGGCGAAGUGCUGCUAAAUUAGAAUAUGUAAGACUGGGAGAGCACACUAUCAGCUCAGAACAAGACUGUAUCAACUAUACUGAUUCGAAUGGCAUCUCCGAACAGGACUGCGCCGGACCCGUAGAAGAUGUACGCUACGAAUCGUACGUCAUUCACCCCGAUUAUCACAAAGCUUUUGCGGGCGAUGACAUCGGAUUGAUUCGUCUAGCGGAGAGGAUUAUCUUUAAACCUCACAUAAGACCGAUUUGCCUUCCGAUGACUGCGGAACUGAAGGAUACUCUUCUGGCGCAGUACUACGUCGCGGGUUGGGGAUUUACUGAGUCACUUGACAAACCGGACGUUCUGCUGAAGGCUAAACUGCCUCGAGUGGAUCGGGAGCAGUGCCAGAAGAGGUUCGAUCCCUACAGGAAAGAGUACAACAUCACAAUAACUACGAAGCAAAUUUGUGCCGGUUCGGAAAAUUUGGUCGAUACCUGUGCUGGAGAUUCCGGUGGACCAUUAAUGUGGCAGGAAAGCUAUCUGAACCGACCGCGAUACGUGUUAUUUGGAGUGGUGUCCUACGGCGUCCAGACUUGUGGAACGGUUGAUUUCCCCGGGGUGUACGCUCGGGUUGGCAGCUAUCUGGGAUGGAUACUGGCCAACAUGAGUGCCUGACGGAUGCUCCAAAACGCCGCCUAAAACAUACAAAUAAUCGAGUUUUUUUUAAUCAAAAGUAGAAUAAAAUUAAUCAAUUCAAGCGUAACUAUUCAAAUCGACGUAUCUGCUUUUGUAAACAAUCACUUCAAUCGACGAUUUGUCUUAACUGCUACCUCAACCACGCAAACAAACACCAUCAUCAGGUAGGAGAAUCUUUCCCAAGCUAUCUGGUGUUGUUAGUUUCUGUGAGUGAGCUAGUUGUUUACAAAAUCAGAUACGUCGAUUUGAAUAGUUACGCUUGAAUUAGUGAUUGCUAAAAUGGUAGGUAUUGCACAAAAUAGCGGAAUUUUUAAUUUCCCCCCAUUAUUCUACGAGUCGUGUUACUCUCUGUCGCUAGUGAGAUAGCAAAAGUCACGUCGUGUGAGGUGACUCUCCAUGUGAUUUGCACGGGGA